ACCAAGCCGAAAAUCAAUUGUCGUCGUCUGUCAAAACAGGGACGCGCAAGAAACCCAAAGGAACAAAAUCAAACUCGGACCGCCUUGUUUCAGCCACAAAAUGCCACUUUUCCGGACGGUUUAGGAGGAGCAGGAGGAGUCUUAACACCUUAUAAAUCUGCAGAAAGUGGCAGCAGAUUUAUCAUGACCACAGAUCAAGAAUCACUCCAUGCCCUAGAAGGGUUAAUGAAUGAAUUCUUCGGUCCAGCCACAACCAAUGUCAGAAAACGAGACAUUGAGACCAUCCUAUCUAAUUUUGGACAACAACGCGGGGCCUGGAAGCAAUGUCUGUACUACGUAGCACACACCCGCAACUCUUAUGUGUCUAUGUACUGUCUCACCACCCUAGAGAACAUCAUCAACAAGCAAUGGGUGGGCCUCAUGGCAGACGAGAGAACCGAGAUCCGGUCCACCCUCUAUCGUUUCGUCUUGGAGAACCACAAGGUGGCCCCGUACUACAUCCGCAACAAGCUCGUCAAAUUGGUUGUAGAUAUCGCUCGCCUGUCGUGGCCUCAUUUCUACCCUGAUUUCUUCACCAAUGUCUUAGCUUUAGCCAGAAGUCCAGACACAGUCAUUUUGUGUAUUGUGUUCCUCCAAACUAUCAGUGAGGAAUUAGCAUGCCCCAGGGAAGAGCUGUCAUAUUCUCGGAGAACGGAACUGCGGCGGUUAUUAUCUCAGCAAGUCCCAACUAUGCUUAGUCUUCUGUCUAGUUUAUUGGAAGGUGUGGUAGACAAACACAAAAAUGCCGUGACAGCAACCCCUCCUCCCUCCCCAACACACUCCCACAGCCAUUCCCCAAGCCGCUCUGGCCUCUCAUCCUCUCCGAUUCAGACAGGUACUUUGCUGAGCAACAUGUUCCAUAACCUGGAGAGUGGAACAAGUUCUCGCACGGGAUGGGUCCUUCCCCCUCUUGACUCAGAAAGUGAAACCGUAGCGUGUCUGGCAUUGAACUGUUUAACACACUUGUUCUCGUGGAUCCCCCUCUCCUCGCUCAUAACACCUCACCUGCUCAAUACAAUAUUCCUUUUUGCUUCUUUAGGAGCUGACCCACAGCACAAUAAGCUCCACAACGGAUCCCUCGAUAACAGUUUCAUGUCUGGCGAUUCCCUUGGUGUUCUAGCCAUGGGUGCCAUCAAUGAGAUCAUGAGCAAGAACUGUGUGCCGCAUGAUUUUGAGGAUUUUCUGCUCCAGAUGUUCAGAAACACAUUCCAGCUCCUGCAGAGGCUCGUGCGAGACGAGCCCAACACGACCACCUCACGGCUGCAAUUGUUAGAUUCAAGCUAUAUUGACAAAUUCUCAGAGUUUCUGAGGCUAUUUGUGAGCGUUCAUCUUCGAAGAUUUGAAAAUAAUUCACAGUUUCCAGUCCUUGAGUUUCUCUCUCUUCUCUUCCGAUAUACAUUCCAUCAGCAUUCUGUCGAGGCCUAUUUUAAUUGCCUGGAUGUGUGGGGCAUCUUCCUAGACCAUCUUUCAUCCAAGAUUAUUGGUGCUGAGGACAGGAAUGCAGUUUCAAGGUAUGAAGAUGCUUUGAUAUCACUUGCUCAAGGAAUUCUGCACAAGAUACAACUGAGACACAACCAGGCUGAACUAGAGGAGCUUGAUCAUGAGAUCUCUGAGGAGAUCUCGGAAGGCUGCGAGUCCUAUUAUGGAGAAAUCGGUACUAGUGACGAAGUUUCUGAGUGGCAUUCCUUCUUCACAAGGAACUUGGAGCUGUUGGCCAAGAUUGCAGACUUGUUGCCCGACCAAAUAUUUACCUUAGUGUAUGACCCUUGGUGUGAGACCACGAAAAUAUAUCUUACCCUCCAAUCAAACAUGGUGGAACAGAAUGGCAGACGGAGACUGAAUAUUUCAGCAGAGCACGAGUGUCCACGACUGCAUUGCCUCUUACGGGAUUUGUCCUCACUCCUCCAGGCGAUUGGUCGAUUUUCAACCCUUUUUUUAGGGGAAGAGCUGCCCAAGAGGUCGGCAACAGCUAUACAAGUCAUAGAGAAGCUUGUGGAAAUGGCCAAUUUCAGCACAGGCUUGAAGUUGUUUGAGGUGGAGACAGCAGUGGAUGUCUUGCAUUCAGACUUUGUGGAAGUACAUGCUCAGGUUCUGUCAACCCUACGAGCCUGGGUUCACUGGCUGUCUCAGUUAUAUGGCCAGCAGUUUGUGCAAGUUUAUCCUGGAGGCACACAGACACAUCAACACCAGGAUACCUGCCAUACUAUCAACAAACAGAUGCUAGUCGCAGCUACAAACGUGCUAAAUGUUGGGGCCCCGGGACUGAUAGUGAACUGUGGAGUGCAAUUACUGUUGUCUCUCUCUGUGAUGGUGCGGUCACCUGUUGCGCUUGAGAUGAACCAAGUGCAGUCUCUCUAUGUUCAGGCACCGUCUGUUUCUUCAGAUGUUAAGGUCCGGCGGUUAUUAUUACGUGCUCUAGUGAACUUCCUCUUACUCCCGUGGCCGAGCUUUAUUGUGGACCACAGAUUAGAAACUAGAAAACAUCAUCUCACCACAUUCAUCAACUCAUUUACUAGUGAUGUCCGUAAGAUAAGUGUCCAAACCCUAGCAGAUGACAAGACGAUGCAGGAGAGCAUGGCACCAAAGUUGUGUGAUACACUGUCCAUCAUAAGGUACCAAGUAGAAGAGCUGAAUAGCACUGACAAAGCGAGCCGUGAGCUGUACUACCACUGUAUCCAAGACAUAAUCCAUCAGGCCAUACUCUUGUUCCCAGUGUAUGUCCAGCAUGCAAGUGUCUGCGAAGAAAUCCUAGCGCUGAUGGUAGUGGUGAUGCAAGUUCUCCGUGUCCAGCUGGGACCUGCGCGUGUUGAAGCCACCAUCCAGACCUUCCUUGACGUCUUCACCACUCGCCACCACCUUCAGCUGGCCAUCUCGGCUGAUAACCCUGCGGCUGUCAGGGUGUUAGAGAAAUUCCUGAAACUGCUUGAACUCAUCGUCAGUGAACCCGGUCAGUCAUUCAAGAGGUUCAUUCCCAACACCAUCACACUGUGCAUGGACCACAUCUACCCUGUUGUGUCCGAGCGCGCUUCGCCUGAAGUAAAGGGUCCAUUGUUUGAGCUCCUCAGGUGCCUCUUAGAACAUAACUGGAAGUAUUUCUUCAGACCAUCUGUCCACAUAUCCCUUGGAGCUGGAAACUGGGACUCAAUUGAAAACGAAGCUCAAUUUAUUCAGAUUAUGCAAGCCUUUGGCCAGUCAUUCAUGCAACCAGAUAUCACCAUCUUCAAACAGAACUUAGAAGCUUUGGAAGCACUGAACUCAAAAUACAAGCUGUAUCACAAGGGUGUUUUCCGAAACUCCAUGUUAGGCCAGUUUAUCACUGUGCUGCUGCAGGUGCUGGUGCAUCGAUCUCAGGACCUACUCCAGGAGGAGAUAACUAUCACAGUGUAUAACAUGGCCUCUGUAGAUUUCAACACCUUUUUCUCGGCCUUUGUUGUCCACUUUCUUCAAAACAUGGAUGGGCUAGAUAAUGACCAAAGAACAACUCUCAAAGAGAACUUCAAAACUGAUACAGAUUUGCCAACAUUUACCCAGAAUGUCCAGCGAUUUAUCAAUGACCUACGUUACUACCGAACCUGCAAUGCUAGUCUACCUCCUGGCACAGUCAAGUUAUAGUAUUAACAUGUGCAUGUAUUCAUCCAGGAAUAUUUAUGGGAAACCGUCAUGUUUGUGAACCUCAUUAUACUAGGUAUGCAUUUUAAUCUGAAAACAAUACUGCAAAUAGAGCAGUUAGAUUGUUUUAUGGGUUUUCCUUUUUUUAGUUUCUCUUUCUUUUUUUCCCUCUAUAGUUCUUUCCUUUUCUUUUUCUUUUACUUUAACCAAGGCUGAAUAUUGACAGUCUAGGAAUUAGCUAGCCUUUGUGCAGACAACCUCCCCCCACCUCCACAUUGCCAAACCGUUAGCACUUAGUCUCUCUUGAAUCUGUAGGCAAAAUGCUAAAACUCUUUAUUGUACAAGCUAAUGCUAGUGCGGAAUGUUUAAUUUCACUAUAUUAUUGCUCUAUUACUUGAUGCUUACAGCUACAUGUGUUGCAGUGUAAUCUCUGUCAACUGGUCUGCUUCAUAGACAAGUUCCACUCUUGACUAAGAGAUUCUAGUUAGAACAACUUGGUUUGGAAGUGAAAGCAGAGUACUUGUGUCUUUAUACUGAGACAAUUUUUUUUUAAUUGGAUUUUUUUUUUUUGCCCAGUUUUAAUUCUGACUUAUUCGGUUAUUGUUAGGGUUGGAAGAUUUGUAAUAGAUUUGAGUUUUAAGCAUGAAAUACUCUAGAGAUUUUUCUAAAUAUCAACAUCAGUAAUUUGAAGUUUGUCUUUUUCUUCAAUUGCUGACAAGCUGUGCAGUCAGUUACCAAAGGAUAUUCAGCUUUUUCAAGUCAAAAUAAUGUAUUAUGAUUGCCUUCAGUAUUGAGAAUGAUGUGUUGAAUUGACUUCUGGUAAUGUUUUUUGUGUUCGGCAAAAGGUUCGUGUAGUUACACUUGCUGCUUUGGGUACGUAUGCCAAGUUUGAGUUCCUGUUCCAGUUAUGUUGUUUGUAUUUAUUUCAAAGGCUGCAUUCAAUAGUUUGCUUCUUUUUUUUUUUUUUUUCAUGAUUUCAUUUUUCUAUUUUUUUUCUUUUCUUUUCUUUUUUUAAUAACUUUCAUGUCCUAAUACUGAUGUUAGGUGUUUGAGAAUGUCGAAGCAAUCUGGUUGUAAAUGAGACUGCAUUUAUGUGAAGAAGUUUUGUACUGAUUAAAAGUCUUGUAUUUUGUGGGAUACAGGGACAUGAUUAAAGAAAAAUCAAAAUAAAUACCUCUUUAUAACAUAAUUUUCAAGGCAAAAGAAGGUCCUUAGGGAUCUGCAAAAACUUUUUGACUUCUUAAUGCUCUGGCAGUGCUUUAACAAGAGUUUCCGUCCCUUUGUUUCCUUUUUUUUUCCCCCUAUCUUUUCCACUUUGCAUUAUGUUGUAUAAUUACAAAUCCAAAUAAUUCUUUUCCUAUUUCUGCUUAUGGCAUUUUUCCUUUUUAUGCAAAUUCAGCCAAGGAAAAUUAUGAAUUUUACUUAAAUGAAAGAAUUAGGAUGACUGCAGCCUAUGUCUGUGAUCGUUGACCCAUGUGAUAAAUAUGUGCUUAAGUUUUGUGGACCAAUGUACAGUCAGAUAUGCCAGCCACCCAAAAUUUGAGUAUGUAUUAGAGUGCAUUCAUUUAAUUAAGUGAAACCUUAGUUCCUCAUGCUAUGACAGAAGUGCUUGGAAAACAUUUGGUUCCGGGAAAGGUGUCGCACUGCCAGUUUUGUGACUUGGUUUCCAGGCGUUAUAUACUUGCUGAAUUUUGGACUGAACCUGGAAUGUGUGUAUGUAAUAUGUCUUUAAGCACUCAUGAAUAGUCUUUAUUUUGUGAAGAGGAGUCAUGAAAGUGUGUGCACUUGAUAUAAGUAUCCCUCAAUACCUAGUGCACUUUAUAUUGUAACAGAUCCUACAUAUAUAUAUGUUAUAUGUAUAAGGGGUUAAUGAUAUCAAUAUUCUAUUUUUAUCAGCUGGACAUAGUUUGGGUUCUGUAUUCUAAUUAGUCUUCAACCUGUUUCUUAAGCACAAUUUCUUCAGUUUGCUCUGACAUGGAAAAACCAAGUAUAUAAGUGGCAUUGUGACACCACCUAUGAUAUGUAACAUCAUCUGUGCAGAUUUUCAUUCAUAAGACAUUGAUGUAGAUACUCCACAUCAUGUUAUGUGUGUGUAGAUAUAUAUAUAUAUUGUAUUAACUUUGCUUUCCAUGGAUACAUUCGUAACAGGUAGAGCAUUCCAGCAAAUAUUUGCAUCUUUAUCAUUGUUGAGUUAUUCUUUUUAAUGGGUUGAAUUGUCCUUUGUGAGUAAAAUGGGGUUUAAUAAGAUUAGCAGUGAAUAAUACUGCAUUGUAAGUUUAAGAGUUAAACUGUAAAAUGUGAAAGUAGAUAAGGAAAAUAAUCAAUAUCAUAUAUUUUUUAAAUUCGUACAAGGUUUUUGUCAUGCUUAUCAAAAUAGCAAAAUUGUUUAAACACAACUUAUGUAUGAAUGUGCAUUCCGUGUUUCUUAUGUCAUCUUUUUAUGGAUUUUUAGGCAUUGCUCAUAUUUUUAAAAAGUUAUAUAAAUAUAUAAGAUAUUUUUCAGUGUACAUUCCAAUUUAUUAGAUAGACAUUCCUUUUCCCAUCUAGUUCCAGUGUAAACAACGUUUAUAAAAGAAAAAAGUGAAAAGAAAAACAUUAAAAAAGAUCUGUGCAAAGUGCAUGACACAGCCCAAAGACUUGUUUGCAGAAGCUAUUUUUCCAUCAUUUAAACUUCUAACAGAAGUACCAUAGAGAGUACAAGCAAAAUCAUGAGUUGGUUUGGUGAAAGAAACAUAAUUCAAUGGGCCUGGUAAAGCUCAUCAGGGUAAUAUAAGUCUCUUUCGUGGGGUAGGAAAUCUCUUAAUAAUCUUAAUAAGCUACCUUUCUGUUAUACUAGAAAGAUUAUUUAUUUUACCUCAUGUUCUUAUAAAGAGAAAAAAAAAAAUACACAAAUUAAUAAGUGGGAAUAGUGUAGGGGGAAAGUGGUUACAGCUGUACAUAUAUUCUGAUUUACUUUGUCUGCUUGUGCUGAGAUUGUGAAGAUGGGUUAUGGAUUGUCGCUCUUCCUCAAUAAUUAUUAACCCUUUAUGUAACUAAGGAGACCUGAGUCAUAGGUGUUAUGGGGGCUACAGGAAGAUUUCAGUAUACAUUUUCACAUUACACACAAGUUAAAUUCAAACAGUCUUAUAUGCAUGUGCACAGACAGACAGACAGACAGACAGACAGACAGACAGACACAGGCAGACAGACAGACA